UGCCAGACUCGUCGCAACACCAACCGUGGAAUAGAGAACACCAACUUUACGCAGACUGUUUAUUCACAAAACGUUUUCCUUUAACAAUCGGGAGUAACGAAAAUCCGUUACAAAUAGAACUCACAAUCAGAAUUAAUAAUUCUUUUCUUCACUGAAAACCCCAAAAAACUGUAAUAAAGAUUGAGAAAAAGCCGGUCUCGUAGAACAGUAGUCAACUCGUACGACUCAAACACGAUGCCCGUUGAGGAUAGAAGGGAUAGGAGGUGUAUGAUCGGCGAAGACCCACGAGGAGGAACGACGAAUCGGGUCAUGCUUCGGUAUUUCGGUAUCCACCAAAUACGAGUUCAAAAAAGAGAAGAAAAAUUCGAGGCAACGGAGAUGGAAAUUGAAACCACCAUCUUACGAGACGGUGAUCUUCUGGUUAAUAUUUCCGAUUCGAAACAAGCCAAAAACAAGAGCAAGCUUAGAGAUGUGCUUUCCUCGGGAAACAAUUUAACUUGUACUUUUCAUACAUCUGACGUUUCGAACUCCUUGGCUUCCCGAGUGCCAGAUGACACAGAUCAGGUGCACCAGCAACAACAGCACCAGCAUCACGAACAACAUAAUCAGUUUCUUAGUAUAUUAAACAAAUCAUUUUCACACAACAAAUCGCCUGGAGCCAAAAAGUGGAAUGAAAGUGAGAACACUGGUACCGUCGAAAAACGUGUUCUAAACCAACCGGCUGCUGAACCUAUUGGUGGAAAAGGGAUAACAAAAUCGUCUGUUAUAUGUCCCCAAAAGAAGAACUCAUCUCGUUCUUUUUUUCUCAAACGGCAACACUCUUUAUCUGAUGUAUGGCAAACUUCUCUAAAGUCUACUACGGCAAUGAGUCAAGCAACGGCCAAAAUGGAUGACACUGAGUUAGUUAACAGUACGAUUCGUAGCGAAGUUACUUGCCCCAAUCAUAAUAUAUCGGGAACAGCAAUUGGAACGACAAAUAUACAGAGCGGUGGGGAUGGAGUUGCGGCAGCUGCAUCAGAACCAAUAGGCGCAACAGGUGCCGGAGCAAUUAAUAUUGGUGGAACAACCAUACCGAUUGCUCCGAAAAAACCGACACGUCGUGCUGGUGUAAAACCUCAACCAGAUAGACCUAUGCGAGCCCUGUUUUGCCUAACACGGACUAACCCGUUGCGGAAAUUAUGCAUCGCAAUAGUCGAAUGGAAGCCGUUUGAGUACUUGAUACUGCUGACUAUUUUCGCCAACUGUGUUGCCUUAGCUGUGUACACUCCCUUUCCAAACAGUGAUUCUAAUAGCACAAAUGCAGCCCUAGAAAAGAUCGAGUAUAUAUUUUUAGUGAUUUUUACUGCAGAGUGUAUUAUGAAGCUGAUCGCUUACGGGUUCAUACUACAUCCGGGAUCGUACUUGCGGAAUGGAUGGAAUAUACUUGAUUUUACUAUAGUUGUUAUAGGUAUGAUAUCAACUGCACUUUCCAACUUGAUGAAGGAGGGAUUCGAUGUAAAAGCUCUUCGCGCGUUUCGUGUACUUCGACCAUUGCGCUUAGUAUCUGGAGUACCUAGUUUGCAAGUUGUUCUGAAUUCUAUCUUACGUGCCAUGGUGCCUUUGCUACACAUAGCCCUAUUGGUGUUAUUUGUGAUAAUCAUUUAUGCUAUCAUAGGAUUAGAGCUUUUCUCCGGAAAAUUACACAAAUCCUGCUUCCACAACGAGACGGGAGAGAUAAUGGAUGAUCCACAUCCAUGCGGAGAAGAUGGUUUUCAUUGUGACACCAUCUCACCGGAAAUGGUGUGCCGGUAUUACUGGGAAGGUCCUAAUUUUGGAAUCACAAACUUUGACAACUUCGGAUUGUCCAUGUUAACCGUUUUUCAGUGCGUAACACUGGAAGGUUGGACUGACAUGCUUUAUUAUAUUGAAGAUGCUAUGGGUAGCAGUUGGCAAUGGGUGUACUUCAUUUCAAUGGUUAUUCUUGGAGCAUUUUUUGUAAUGAACUUAAUUCUUGGUGUGCUGAGUGGUGAAUUUUCUAAAGAACGUACGAAGGCCAAAAAUCGUGGAGAUUUUCAGAAAUUGCGGGAAAAGCAACAGAUCGAAGAAGAUCUUAGAGGAUAUCUUGACUGGAUUACACAAGCGGAAGACAUAGAUCCUGACAAUGACGCCAGCGGAAUGCAAGAAGGAAAAAUGAAAAAUAUAAUCGAAUUGGACUCUUCGGACAAUGUAGGCGAAGAUGGAGAAAUUCAACAUGAAUCAUGGGUUGCCAGAAAACGAAAAACGAUCGAUCGUAUUAACCGAAGACUACGCCGAGCCUGUCGUAAAGCUGUAAAAUCACAAGCAUUCUAUUGGCUUAUUAUCAUACUGGUAUUUUUAAAUACUGGCGUCUUAGCUACUGAACAUUAUAGACAGCCGCCUUGGUUGGAUGAUUUCCAAGAGUACACGAAUAUGUUUUUUGUAGCAUUAUUUACAAUGGAAAUGCUUCUGAAAAUGUAUAGCUUGGGCUUUCAGGGUUACUUUGUGUCUUUAUUCAAUCGCUUCGACUGUUUCGUUGUGAUUGGUAGCAUAGGCGAGAUGAUAUUAACAAGUACUCAAAUCAUGCCUCCCCUCGGGGUAUCCGUCCUACGGUGUGUCCGAUUACUGCGUGUGUUCAAAGUGACUAAGUACUGGCAAUCUCUAUCUAAUUUAGUAGCAUCCUUAUUGAAUUCUAUUCAAUCCAUCGCAUCACUUUUAUUGCUACUGUUUUUGUUUAUUGUUAUAUUUGCAUUGCUUGGCAUGCAAGUAUUUGGAGGAAAGUUUAAUUUUAACAGCUCGGUGGAUAAACCGCGAUCGAACUUUGACAGUUUUGUACAGAGUUUACUCACAGUAUUCCAGAUACUUACUGGAGAAGAUUGGAAUAUGGUUAUGUAUGAUGGAAUUCAAGCCUACGGAGGAGUGGCCUCGCUUGGAAUUAUUGCCAGCAUUUACUUUAUAAUUCUCUUCAUAUGUGGCAACUAUAUUCUGUUAAAUGUGUUCUUGGCUAUCGCUGUGGAUAACUUAGCAGAUGCUGAUUCACUAACAACAGUUGAAAAGGAAGAGGGUGAUAACCCUGAUGGCGAGGAGGAAAAAUUGUCUCAUGAACCAACACCAACAGAACAUGGAGAUGACGGGUUUAUGGAUCAUGAUAAAGACAAUCUGGACUCGGACAAUGAUCCAAUGAAUAUAUCUGAUGAUUAUGAUGGUCAAGAUUCAGAUACCAAAAUACCUGUCGCAGAAGACGAUGAAGGAUAUGAAGAGCAAGAUACUCCAGGUGAGACAUUUGAUGAACUUCCUACAGCUUCUGCGCGACCGCGUCGCUUAUCGGAAUUAAGUGUGAAGAAGUCUAAAAAGCCAAUCCCAAAAUCAAACGCACUACUUAUAUUCUCUCCUACGAACAGAUUUCGCAUAUUCUGCCACUGGCUGUGCAAUCACAGCACGUUUGGCAACAUUAUACUGGUAUGCAUCAUGUUUUCGUCAGCUAUGUUAGCAGCAGAAGAUCCUCUUAAUGCAAACAGCGAACGAAAUCAAAUUUUGAACUACUUUGACUACUUCUUUACGUCGGUGUUCACUAUCGAAUUGCUGUUAAAGCUGGUAUCAUACGGAUUUUUGUUUCACGAUGGAGCAUUUUGUCGAUCAGCAUUCAAUUUGUUGGAUCUCCUAGUCGUCUGUGUAUCAUUAAUAUCAAUGUUUUUCAGUUCUGGUGCCAUUUCUGUGAUAAAAAUACUACGUGUACUUCGUGUCCUUCGGCCAUUACGUGCAAUUAACAGAGCAAAGGGGUUGAAGUACGUAGUCAAAUGUGUGAUAGUUGCCAUAAAAACGAUCGGUAACAUUAUGCUAGUGACGUACCUCUUGCAGUUUAUGUUUGCUGUGAUUGGAGUACAAUUGUUUAAGGGCAAAUUCUUUUCAUGCUCUGAUGGUUCUAAAAUGCAGGAAUCAGAAUGCCAUGGUACUUACUUGGUAUAUGAAGAUGGCAACGUAGAUAAACCAGUUUCAAAAGAACGAUACUGGUCAAGAAACCGCUUUCAUUUUGACGACGUUUCGAAAGCUAUGUUAACUCUUUUUACUGUAUCUACUUUUGAAGGCUGGCCUGGGUUGCUUUAUGUAUCGAUUGACUCUCACGAAGAAGAUUCCGGACCAAUACACAAUUUCCGCCCAAUCGUUGCGGCGUAUUACAUCAUAUAUAUAAUCAUAAUUGCAUUUUUCAUGGUAAACAUCUUUGUCGGUUUCGUUAUCGUUACAUUCCAAAACGAAGGCGAACAGGAGUAUAAAAACUGCGAUCUAGAUAAAAACCAGCGGAAUUGUAUAGAGUUUGCACUGAAAGCAAAACCAAUACGUCGGUACAUACCCAAGCACAGGAUACAGUACAAAGUGUGGUGGUUCGUGACAUCACAACCAUUUGAGUACAUGAUUUUUGUACUUAUCAUGAUAAACACGAUUACCCUUUCGAUGAAGUUUUACCGCCAACCAGAAAUUUAUACAGAAGUACUCGAUUUGUUGAAUCUCAUCUUUACGGCAGUGUUCGCAUUGGAAUUCGUUUUCAAGUUAGCAGCAUUCAGAUUCAAAAACUAUUUUGGAGAUGCAUGGAACGUAUUCGAUUUUAUAAUUGUACUUGGAAGCUUCAUCGACAUUGUAUACUCAGAAGUUAACAUUAGCAAAGGAAUGAAGGGUGGUUCUAGCAUUAUCUCGAUCAAUUUCUUCCGACUAUUUCGAGUGAUGCGGUUAGUUAAACUUCUUGCCAGAGGCGAAGGAAUUCGUACAUUAUUGUGGACAUUUAUCAAAUCUUUUCAAGCACUGCCAUAUGUUGCAUUAUUGAUUGUAAUGUUGUUUUUUAUCUACGCUGUAAUUGGAAUGCAGGUAUUCGGCAAAAUAGCAAUGGAUGAUGAAACAUCAAUACAUCGAAACAACAAUUUCCAAACCUUUCCACAAGCAGUGUUGGUUUUGUUCCGAUCAGCGACAGGAGAGGCUUGGCAGGACAUCAUGCUUGAUUGUUCAUCGCGUCCGGGAGAGGUAAACUGCGAUGCUAAGUCCGACGAUGCUGGUUCUCCAGAAGGAUGCGGCUCAAACAUAGCUUUCCCUUACUUUAUAUCCUUUUACGUACUGUGUUCAUUCCUCAUCAUAAAUUUAUUCGUGGCCGUUAUCAUGGAUAACUUUGAUUAUUUGACGCGAGACUGGUCUAUUCUUGGACCCCAUCAUCUGGAUGAGUUUGUGCGCCUGUGGAGCGAGUACGAUCCUGACGCGAAGGGUCGUAUCAAGCAUCUGGACGUAGUGACUCUGCUACGAAAAAUCUCGCCACCGCUUGGAUUUGGCAAGCUGUGUCCACACCGGGUAGCCUGUAAGCGUCUAGUCUCGAUGAACAUGCCGCUAAACAGUGACGGCACGGUGUUGUUCAAUGCGACACUGUUUGCAGUGGUGCGCACCUCACUGAAAAUCAAAACAGAGGGCAAUAUCGACGAUGCAAACGCAGAAUUGCGGAACACAAUCAAACAAAUAUGGAAACGAACUAAUCCGAAACUUUUAGACCAAGUCGUUCCUCCGCCUGGAGUAGAUGAUGAAGUUACAGUGGGCAAAUUUUACGCAACAUUUUUAAUACAAGAUUACUUUAGGCGGUUUAAGAAGCGCAAAGAAAAUGAUAGCAAACUCAACAGCGAUCAAAAUAAACGACGUACUAUGACGCUUCAGGCCGGACUGCGGACACUACACGAAGCCGGUCCGGAACUCAAGCGAGCCAUUUCAGGCAAUCUGGAAGAAAUCGGCGAUGAUAAUCCAGAGCCAUCUCAUCGGCGAAAUCACACUCUAUUUGGUAAUGUUUGGUCGUCAAUUCGACGUCCGGGUCCUUUUGGAUCAAAACAAAAGUGGAAUUCAAAUAAUAACAAAAUGUCUGCCACUUCCAUGGCCGCAUCUGCGGCAAUGCAUACGGUUUUAUCUGGCCCAAAUGACGGGUCAAGCCAAACAGAAAUGAAGCCAAAGCAAAACUGUGUUAACAGUUCUAAUACCUACAAUCAUGUAGCUGAAAGCAUUCUUCAUGCCGUGCACGACGAACCGAUAGGACGAAAUUACGGUAACGGCUUGAAUAUAGGAAAUGCGGGACAUACGGGUGAAAUUCCACUUCGCCCUUUAGUUUUAGAUGAUUCUUCAAUUUUAAAACGAGCGAAUGCAAACGCAAACAUCGGAUCGCAUAGCAAAUUGUACUCGCAAAUAAAUGAUAAUCAAGUUGCCAAUUUUGAGGAAGAUCGUCUUAUUCACUCAACGCCAAGCAGUCCUCAGGAAACGCAUAAGCUAUCGGCAGAAGUUAUAGGAUCGGCUGAGAGUCUCGUGGGCAGAGUUCUAGCGCAACAAGGUCUGGGUAAAUAUUGUGAUCUUGAUUUAGUGCAUUGUGCUCAAAUGGAAAUGCAAGAGGCGUUAGAUAUGACACAGGAAGAAAUGGAUUUAGCGGCCCACGAGCUAAUGUUGGAGGAGCGAUUUAAGAGGAAAAAUGGCGCACCCGUAAAAGGUCAACCUAAGCGUGGAACCAAUACUAGAAAGAAUAAGAAUCAGCAACCGCUCUUAUAGCACCAAACUAGUAUAUUAAAUCAUGUUGUCAUAUUAGGAAGAAAUAUUGUACAUCAAUAUGGUAGCUCUCAUUUUGUAAUUUUACCUUUUUAAUUUAUAUGCGAAGAACAUGUCGAUCCUUUAAACAUCAAUUUAAUUUGUUGAUGAAGAAAUGUAUGUUUAUUGUUGGUAACAUAGUCAACAUUUAAAAAAAUGAAAGCACAAUAAUCCAAUUCUUACGAGUUUAAUUAAACCAGGUUGGAUGCAAGUUUUAAAGAUGUAUGCAAAAUGACUGAAAUUCUCGCCUCGAAUGACACCGCCAUGCAAUUGACAGCAAUUUGAGAGGGCGCGCGAGGGCCCGCAUGCCAUAUAAAUUCACAGCCCCAGCGCCUUCGCAUUUGAUGGCUUGUGAACCUACGCAGUUUUUUCGCACCUAGUUUUAGCAAUUACAAUUAUAGCCCCGAGCAGGUAUAACAGUGCGAUUUGUAGCAAACUGAACACUUGAAGUUUGACAUAUUAUUUUCCAAAAAUGCACAAAAAAAUAUAUAGUGACCUUUUCCACGAAUAACACCGGAAAAAAAUAAUAAAAAAUAAAGAUUAUUUAAAAUACCAUAAGAUUUCGAGCAGAUGACUCGCAAUCCUCGCAAUGUUGAACAGGGUGCCAUAAAGUAUGACAAAAAGGAAUUAGUUUAAAAUUUAAACGAAUGAACAUUAUAUAAACAUUAUAUAAACGUGAUCCGUAGUCCAAUCCUGGCGAGAUUUUCAGCCAUUUUGCCUGCAAGUUUGGUACUUGCGUCCAACCUGGGUUAUAAGUACUUUGGACCCUUUUUUUCUAUGUCGUUAAAAACAGGAAAUAAACACGUAGCCAACUAGAAUUCCGAUGAUGAGAAAUAAUGCAAAAAACAAGAAUCUUAUAAAUAGCAGAAGCAGAAGAAACAAAUUAUCUUCUCAAUAUUAAACAUUAAAACUGAUAUUGAAUUACCAAUUUAGUUCAAUCGAUGUCGGAAAUGAGUUUUGAGAGAUAAAUAAAAAAUGUUUUGAGAAGAACAAA